AGCCCAUAAGCAGUAGUUGGCAAAUUAACAAGAAGAAGAUCAUCGAAUCCAAAAUGGCGACUCCCAUGCAUAGAUUGAUCGCUCGUAGACAAGCAGAGGCAAACAAACAAGGUGUUCGUUGUCAGAAAUGUCUAGAAUAUGGGCACUGGUCUUACGAGUGCAAAGGGAAAAGAAAAUACCUCUAUCGACCAUCCAGGACAGCUGAGAUGAAAAAGAAGCUGAAAGACACAGAGAGCAAAGCUUUAGAUGAAACUGGACCUGGAAUAGUACCACAAAGUGAGAAAAAGACAAAGAAAAAAAGGUCCUCUUCCAGUUCCGGCAGUAGCAGCGAUUCUUCAAGCUCUUCUAGCGAUUCUUCCUCAGACAGCAGUGAUUCCUCCAGCUCCUCAUCCUCAUCUGAAGACAGCAGCAGUGACAGUGAAGACAGUUCCAGCUCAUCUUCUUCAUCAUCCUCUUCUGACUCUGAUUCGGAUUCCUCAAGCAGUUCUGACCAAGGUCCACCAAAAAAAAGAAAGAAGAAGAAAUGAAGGCCAUUUUCAUCUCAUUUAAACAGAAUU